CGUGGAGUUGUACUUCUUCAGGAUGAGAAGCCUUAGGUUGAAGAGGAAUGACUUGAGGUGAGUGUUCAAAGGACCAGAGGGAUCUUUUGCAGUAAGGAGAACUGUUUCAGUCACUUGACCUCCACUCCGUCGGAGGACGAUGAUCCACACAUGAACCAAAACCUCCUGAAUCUGUAAGAACAGACUACCUCUGGAGUUUAUUAACAAAGAGUUCAGAACUAAGGAAGAGUCUUCCGGAGAGUCUUCCUGUCCGGUCCGUGUUGCACGAUUCAUUCACAGCAGCAGGGUUGCUUUGGAUAGAGACUUUAGACCUCCACUAAAAUGGCAUAGAAAAAAUCAAUCGGCUCAAGAGUUUACUGACCUGCAGCGUGUGCACUGAGAUCUUCACAGACCCGGUGUCUCUGGGCUGUCACCACAGCUUCUGUUCCAGCUGUCUCCAGGACUUCUGGGCCCAAGCUAAGAACAAGAACUGUCCCAUCUGUAAGAGGAAAACCUCAAAGGAUAUAGGCGUUGACUUUUCCAUGAAGGAGCUCACUGAGUCCUACGCUGGAAGACAGAGGUCUGACCCCUCUGAUGAGGCCCAGGUGGUCUGCACUGAGCACUUAAAGGAUAUCAAGUGGUUCUGUAAGGACGAGCAAAGAGCUGUGUGUCAUGUGUGUGAGUUCCCUCACCACCAGGGUCACACAGUGGUUCCUCUAGAAGAACAAGUCCAGGAGCUGAAGCAGCAGCUGAGACCUGACCUCACGGCUCUACAGGCCAGGAGGAGGAGACACCAGGAGCUGGAGGAGACGUAUGAGGCCAUGGUUCCUCACCUUAAGGGACAGUGGGUGAAGACCGAGAGGCGGAUCAAAGCAGAGUUUGAACAGCUUCACCAGUUCUUGAGAGAGGAAGAGGAGGCCAGAGUGGAGGCCCUGAGAGAGGAAGAGGAGCAGAAGAGGAAGACGAUCCUCCUGGAGAGGAAGACCCUUCAGGAGCAAAUCCGGUCUCUCUCAGAGGGUCCCUCGGCUGUAGAAGCAGACCUGCAGAAGGACGGCCUGUCGUUCCUCAGCGCUUCCACGCGCUCCCGGACCAGCGCCAGAGCCCUGCUCUCCGGUUCUGAUCCCCAGCUGCUUCCUGGAGCGCUGCUGGACGAGGCCAAACACCUGGGAAACCUGGCCCACAGAGUCUGGGAGAAGAUGGGGCAGAGGACCACCUUCAGCCCCGUUACUCUGGACCUAAACACUGCAGCAGACUGCCUCUCUCUGUCUGAUGAUCUGACCAGCGUGAGACGUAGCGAUGUAACCCAGAAGGUUCCUAACAACCCAGAGAGGUUCACUAGGUACGCUGAUGUUCUGGGUUCUGAGGGCUUCAGCUCAGGGGAACACUGCUGGGAGGUGGAGGUGGGAGACCAUCCUGACUGGGUAAUAGGUGUUGCUAAAGAGUCAGUGGAGAGGAGAGGAGAGUGUACUGCUGCACCAGAUAAUGGAAUCUGGUGUUUAUCUAAUGACAGUGGAAAGUACAAUCAGGGUACUGGUGAAACCAUGGCAUUGAAGAGGACUCCAGAGAGGAUCAGAGUCCAGCUGGACUAUGAUGGAGGGGAGGUGUCCUUCCACGACCCUGAAGACAUGACUCUCAUCUACACCUAUCAAGACACUUUCACUGAAAACAUCUUCCCUUGGUUUAGUAUUGGAGCAGCAGGUGAAGCCCGGACCAAAGAUGUUAGAGUGUAUGGUGACUCCUCACGCACUAAGCCAUGUAAAGUCAUGUAA